GAUGCCUCAUGCGGCGAUUUCGGUUUGGCACGUAGGCCAGAUCGUAAAUGUUAGGAGUAUUUGUGAGUGCUGUGUGUUGACUUCUGGAUGUUAGCGGUCGAUAUCACCCCCCCUUGGUUGGGGUGGUGAAGAAACAAUUUUGCCAGAAGUUAAAAAGCUGCCGUAGACAGGUUUGCUGGGGCAUUACAAUGGCAGUCUUAUUUGGGAUUCCUCUUGUUGGGUCCUUGUUUUAUCCAGUCUUACUUGUACUUAUAGUGUUCGUAGCAUUUUCGUAUUUAUCACCUAGGAAAUACAGUGAAAACGUUUUGGGACCUGAAGAUUUGAUUACAAAGAACAAUGAACUUAAUUGUGUUAGAGAAAAUCUGGAAGAACUGCAGAAACCAGUACCCAAGAAGAUAAAGAAAAAAAUAUGUAGUAAGAAAGGGGGGAAAUGUUGCAGUAAGAAGAAACAGAACUCGUGUCAAAAUUUUUUGGGGUCAAUUGAAAGUGUUAUAGUAUUUUACACUACAGUAACUGGAAAUUCUAAGGCUUUUGCUUCACAACUUUGUGACAGGAUAAAGGCAGCUAAAAAUACAUCAGUUAAAGUAGUUGAUUUGGCAAGCUAUGAUCCAGAAGAUAACCUUGUGAAUGAGUGUACUGGAAACAUUUUAUCAGUGUUCCUGUUGCCAACACACAAUGAAGGAAAACCACCAGAGGGAGGGUCUUGGUUUUACACCUGGCUGGAAGAGGCCGUGAAUGACUUCAGAUUGUCCAGAGGCAUAUUAAAAGACAUGAAAUAUGCUGUAUUUGGUCUUGGAAAUUCACAAUAUGGCGAAAAUUACAAUGUGGUUGCAAAGAAUGUUGACAAAUGGCUACAUAAACUGCAAGCUUGCCGUGUUCUGAGACUGGGCUUGGGUGAUGAGAAUUCCAAAAGCCAGAAGUGGACAAUGCAGGAAGACUUUCUGCACUGGUCACAAAUACUAAUAAAUAGGUUAGAGAAGUGGCAACUGGAAUUUAAGACUGAGAGCAAAGGUUGUAAUUGUGUGUCUGAAGACUGCGAUCAUGAGAAAGAAAUGCAGUCAUCAUGUGACUCGGAGGGCAGUGAUGAAUCAUCAGAUGAGAGAGAAGAUUCUGACACAAGUGUUGUGGAUUUGGAAGAACUUGGUCCCAUCAUAAGCAACCAGAAAUCCGGAGAUAUUGUAAAUAAAAUUCAUGCAGUUGAUGAACAAGCUGAGAUGAUAACACCUCUGCUUCGAUCUUCUUUGAUGAAGCAAGGAUAUAGAUUAAUAGGCACACAUUCAGGUGUUAAGUUGUGUCGAUGGACUAAGUCAAUGUUGAGGGGGAGAGGAGGCUGUUACAAACAUACAUUCUAUGGUAUUGAGAGCCACCAGUGCAUGGAAACAACACCAAGUUUAGCUUGUGCUAACAAAUGUGUGUUUUGUUGGAGACACCAUUCAAAUCCAGUGGGAACAGAGUGGAGGUGGAAAAUGGAUCCACCUGAACUUAUAUUGGAGUCAGCUUUGGAGCAGCAUUAUAAAAUGAUAAAUCAGUUCAAAGGUGUUCCAGGGGUUAUACCUGAAAGACUGAAAGAAGGGCUGAGGGCAAGACAUUGUGCCCUUUCUCUUGUGGGUGAACCUAUCAUGUAUCCAGAGAUAAAUGAAUUCGUAAAACUGUUGCACCAAAAGAGCAUAUCUUCAUUUCUGGUUACUAAUGCCCAGUUUCCAGAUGCUAUAAGGAAUAUGGGCCCAGUGACACAGUUGUAUGUGAGUGUGGAUGCAGCUUCAAAAGAAAGUUUGAAGAAAAUUGACAGGCCUCUGUUUAGAGAUUUCUGGGAGCGAUUUGUGGAUAGUCUUCGUGCACUUGAAGAGAAAGGACAGCGCACAGUGUAUCGUCUAACUCUUGUCAAAGCCUGGAACACUGCUGAAAUCGAUGGUUAUGCUCAACUUGUUGAAUUGGGGAAACCAGACUUCAUUGAAGUGAAGGGUGUAACUUACUGUGGUACUUCAAAAGCCAGUAAUCUUACAAUGGAAAAUGUUCCUUGGCAUGAAGAAGUUGUGAAUUUUGUACAAAAACUUGCUGACCGCCUUAAAGACUAUGAAAUCGCAGCUGAACAUGAACAUUCAAAUUGUGUUCUCAUCGCACAUACAAAGUUCAAAGUGAAUGGUACUUGGCACACAUGGAUAGACUAUGAAAAAUUUCAUCAGUUGGUAAAUGUAUUUUAUGAAUCAAAUGGAACAGCAAACUUUACUGCAUUGGACUAUAUGCAUCCAACUCCUGAAUGGGCAGUAUAUGGUGCUGUGGAAAGAGGCUUUGAUCCUAUUGAACAACGCUGGCAUCGCAAGAAUGUCAAGAAAGACAUAUCUGGCUGCUGAUAGAGUAAACUUGAACAGAGAGCACUCAAAGAUAAACAGUAAUGGACAAACAAUUGCCUAAAUGUUAUCAGGUGCCUUUUAACUGACAAAGGAUGAGCAAGAUGAUGCUAAUAAAUGGGAAGAAUAAUGCUCCAUAGUGGAGUGAGUGUUCCUGCUUGUUAGUAACUUUGAGAUAAUGUGUUAUAUUGUGAUGUAUAGUGAGUGAAAAGAAUAGUAAAUGUUUUUGAUUAUCUUACAACAGUGAAUGUGUGAAACAAUGCAAUUAUGUAUUUUUAAAGAUGUAAAGACUGGGUAUGAAAUUGUGUGCAUAUUAUGGACUUCAAAUGAUUCAGUAUUGCACUGGAAUAUUUAUUUGAUUAUUUAUUGGUUAAUAUUUAUGAGAACCAAAAUCACCUUGAUGAAGUUUCAAAUUUUUUUAUGAAAGAAAAUAAUGAAUAUUUUAUGUGGCUGAUUUUUGUUGACAAGCUAAAUUCUGUGUGUAGGUGCUGAACUUUGUGUUAGAAUCUCACCCUGGUGAAUAAAAUGUUUAAACUGUAUGUUUGAGUGUGUGCAAAUAUAAAUAUUUAUAAGAUUA